AUGGGAGCAAAGAGUAGAAAUUCUGCAGUGAAUGUUUUCUUUGAAAAGUUGAAGAAGCUGCCAAUGAAAGUGAAGAUCUUUUUCUGGGUUUUGCUUGCUCACAAUCUUUUCUUGGAGGAAAACAGGAAAGGGUUAAGUAUAUAUUUAGAAACUAUUUCUGUCAUGCCUCAGCUUCGUUUAAUACAAAAUGCAAAGAUGAUUGAAACAUUUACAGGAUAUUAUGUAUUUGCUCUCGGUGUUUCAAGAUUCAUGGCACUGCCUCAUUGGAUAGUUCAGAUUUGUGACACGAGAGGGACAUUUUUAUUUUUGGUUGGUAGUGGCUAUUUCUGGUUUUUGGCAGCUUUUGUUGCAGAGAUAGUUCAGUCGUUCAUCUUGGCUGACUUUUGUUACUAUUACAUUAAAAGCUUCACGCAAGGGCAACUUUUGAAGAAAAUUCCUAUUUAA